UCUUAAGUAUGAGACGAUUUUCUCAAUAGCAUUAAUUAUCAAUCUUGGGUCUGCGUACAAGCUUCUCAUCAGGAUGUCUGCGGACGUCACGUCUACAAAUAUAUACAAUGCCGCCUUGCUACAGGGCAACAUCAACAACUUUAAAUUGGAAAUUCGCAAAAUAAGGAAAGAGGAAUCAAGAGAGAUUUUGUUUCAAAUAUGCACAACGACAAUUUUCAAAGAUGAAAAUGUCAGAUGCCGAUUUGCAAACGCCCUCCUUGCAAAAUACAACGCUUUUGAAAAUUCAAAAAGUGAGAUUCAACGGUACCCACUACAUGAAUGUGCCAAAUUAGGCAAAUAUGAACUUCUCUCCACCCUCCUGAAUCAUCCAAAGCUGCACCCUGCCGACGUGCAAGAGCUCAACGGCAAAUCAAAAACUGCUGUCCAUUGUGCAGUAGAAGGAGCUGCAUCGUUAAAUACAAGUCAACAAGACUUAAAUAGAAAGAAGAAAGAGAUAAAUGCACUAAAAUGCAUUGAGAUCUUGUAUGAUAAAAACUGUUACUUGGACGCACGGGACUCGCAAGGAUUCACUGCCGUCCACGUCGCGGCAAAAAAUGGCCUUUGGCAACUUGUGAGCUACUUCCUUUUAAGAAACGUGAAUAUUGAUAUUUCAACAGAAGAAUUCAAUGAAAAUGCACGGAAGCUGAUUCAAGACCUACAUCCGAGAUGGGUCAAGUCUUAUGCAAUGUGCAAUAUUCCACUCAGAAUAUCAGAUAAUACUAUAAGCUUUGAUUCAAUUGCGAAAGAGGCUUCAACAGUUCAAUUUGAAGAAGUAGAUAGCUUUAGCGCUGACAAUUUUUUUAAACAAUUUUUAGCAGAUCUUCAGCAAAAAGAGCCCGUGAACUGGGAAAAUUACUUCAUCAAGAAUGAAAAAUUCGUCAAAAAUUUAAAAGACAAGUUGCUGGUGCUGAGCAUCAAAGAAGAUGUUGAAUGUGCAGCGAGGAUAUUGUUAGAAAAAUAUCAAGCAGACCCUAAAUCGUCGCUUUUUACUGCCGUCGAGGUAGGGGAUAAAAAAUAUCUGAAACUAGUGAAACUAUACACUGAUAAACUAGAAGACGAUCAAAAGAUUGAUUUAAUUUCGCAAAAAUCUGCAAACGACAAUCAAACAGCGCUGCAUAAAGCGGUAACUUGCAAGAGAACUAGUGCUGAAAACGUAAAGUUUCUUAUGGAUUUUGCCAAGGAUUUACUAGAAGAUGAUUUUUCAAAGUGGCUGAAUUCAAAAGACAAUAAGCCAAUAGGUCACACUGCCGGCUCCCUUAGCAAAGAGGAUACUGGGAAUCAGCAAGAAGAAUCAUGUCGCGAUGGAACUCGCAUUGUCACUGAUGAAGAGCCAGAAGAACAGGGUUACACAGCUUUGCAAUACGCUGUCCAUGACGAGAAGCAGAGUGACGUUGUUCAAAUACUGCUACAAUAUGGUGCUAAUAUUUUCAUCCAGGACUCGCAAUCAAAUAUUUGCACUUUUAACUGCAUUAGAUAUGAGCUGCUUAAAAAGCACUUUGAUGAUCAAAUCAAAGUUACGGAUGACAAGUUGUGGUUUGAGAAAGAUUACAGCAUCACUUUAGAUUUUAAAAUCCUAAAGAGUAACGAAAACUUUCCAAAAGAAUUGCCUGAAAGAGUGCCAUGUUUUCAAGCUGCACAGCAGGAUAAUGCAAGAAGUGCUGACGAAAUAGAGAUGGGAGAACGCGAAAAGAAUUCCCUAAUCGAAAAUGGAGCUGGAACCUCAGAUUCCACUUCAUUCAACAACCAGAAAAAUAAACGGACUGCCGCAGAAAAUCACAGCCAUUUUCCGAAAAAUAAUUUUUCUUUGGAAAUGGAGCCACUGAAUAUGAUUGCAGAUUCUGGUACCCAUAAAAUGUUGUUGCUUCACCCUUUAAUCAAGAUCUUCUUCCAUUUAAAGUGGAAUCGACUCUAUUGGUUUUACUGGGCCAACUUUUUGCUCUUCUCUUCUUUUGCAAUCUCUUUUGCCGUUUUUGUCAUUUACUCAAAUUUUGAAAAACAAACUAACAUGACACUUGACAACCAAGAAAAUUUGAAUGACAAACUAAUUUCAAAGAAUGCUGUUUGGCUUACGUUUGUUCUGAACAUAGGAAUAUUUUUUAGAGAAGCCUUUCAAGCGUGCUUCCUCCCAGGAUAUUUCUCAAAAUUGGAAAAUUACAUUGAAAUGACAAUUAUUAUUAUGACAUGCUUUCUCCCUUUUGUAGAACAAAAGAUAUUAAUGGUCACAAUAUUAUCUUUGCUGAUAUCAUUUGAAUUCAUGCAUCUAAUGGGGCGUCAUCCUAGACUGGCAAUUUAUUAUCAGAUGCUGUCAGUCGUGGCAUGGAAUUCAUUGAAGCUGCUUUUGUAUUAUUCACCACUAAUUAUCACGUUUGGGUUUUUAUUCUACAUAAUAUUUCCUGCGUGUGUUGGUAAAGAGUGCAAGGGCAUCACGUUCAAUACUUGGUUAGAAUCAAUGUUUAAAGCGAUGGUAAUGAUCUCUGGCGAAUACGAAGCAGGGGAAAAUAAUUUUGAGUUUGCUCCUAUCGCAAGUCACAUGCUUUUCAUAUUGUUUCUCUUUUUCGUCUCAAUCGUUAUGAUCAACCUUUUGAACAGCGUGGCUGUUUCAGACAUCCAAAUGAUGAGAGAAAAAGCUGAACUGAUUUUUUACAAGUAUCAGGCUACAUUUUGUUCUGAAAUUGAGAUCACUCUUUUUGCCUGGAGCAAACUUGAAUUUGCAAAAACAAUACUUUCUUACACAUGUCAUAAAAUAAAUAUUUUGGACGGUUUGAUUGGAGUAAAAAUUUAUCCCAACGACUACAACCGAGUUGAAAUUAUUAGGAGGAAAUCCAGUGAAAAUGAUUGUUGCUUUUGUAAUUGGUGCAAAAGACAAUUUAUGUCAGAUAAAAUAUUUAAAUUUUUGUAUUCAUCGUUUCACAAAACUGCGGCGGAAGCAAAAGAUAUUGCUCAGCUGAAUUGCGCAAAAGAUAUCAUUGACGACUUCCAGGAGCUUCAAGGCACGACACACGUACACAAAGAUAAAAAAUCAGAAUAUUGAUCAUACAAUGACCCAGACAUACAUACUCUGAUAACCAUUUUUAUAAAUAAAAACUCCCAACUCUAAUCAUCACGCGGGGGCAGCGCAGUGUAUACAAGAUUCAAGCGCACAAAAGAUGUGAUGUGAUAUAUUUAUAUUUAGCUGAAAACUCAUGUUCUAUUCACAAUCGGUCCAAAUAAGAUUUUUAGUUUUUACUAUACAAUUUUAAGUUUAUAGUUAUCGCCAUGAACUUAAGAAAUUACUUAAGAUGGGAUAUGUUGUAUUAAAUAUUUUUUCAAAAUAAUUAUCAUCUAUAGAUUAUAAAUAAUAUUAUUAUGAAUUACUCAGUCAUCGUCGCGUGGAGCACCAAAUAAAAAUUUGCGAGCGAAUAAACUUGACUUUAUAUUAAUA